AAUCUCGCCAGGAGCUGAGUAUCCUCGCUGUGGCCAAAUUGCCUCUGGCCUGCGCUUAAGUAGAAAUGUCUCCAACGACCGUCCUAACCAGAUGCUGCACGGCAAUACAGACCUUCUACCUCUGGCGCUACUGUCCCAUUCAGCAACAAGACAAACUUGGAACAUCGGCUGCACACACUGAGCCAUCCCAUCUUUCACAAUGUCGGCCUUCCAACCUCCCUUUCCCACCACACAAGGUCGGCGGCAACCAUGGCCGCGCCCCGAUUCAGCUGUCCCCUAAAUACCCAUCCCUAUCCGCCACCAUUCGAGACGGCAUGGCCGUCUCAGGCUGGCUACUUGCUGGCGCAGUCCUCCAAGACCUCUUCCUCCGCGUCUUCGACGACUACAUCCUCAUCUCAUCCGCCCUGCUAGUCCUCCUCCGAACAACAGACCAUCUCCUCAUGACCCUCGGCAGAGCACGUAGCCGCUACAUGGGUAGCGUGCUUCGCACAGAAUGCACUGGACAAAACACUACUUCAACAGGAACAAUCUCCGCGACCCUAGCCCUCAAUUCCAUGGUCGUCUCCCGCCUCAGGGCACCAAGCAACCGCCCGUUCAGCUUCCUAGUCCCUGGCAUGAUGGAGCUUGUUAAACCAGCCCGAACAAUGCUUGAGAAUAUGACGGCAGAGAUGGAGCGAUACAGCGUUCAAGAACGAAGAUACGGCGGGUAAUGAGGUGCUCU